CCCUAGAGGAGCCGUAAUGGCGCACUUUCUCCUGAACUGUUUACACUCACUUCCUUAAUCAUACCAGGUCAGCUGACCUAUGUCGUGACAAUUAUUUGAGUUUCUCUGCUGGGUUGGAUAUUCCAAGGAUUGUCGCACAUUUUAUGCUGAUACAGCUUUCUCACAUACAGGAUGGAUUUUUCCAAGCUGCCUAAGAUUCAAGAUGAGGACCGCGAGGGUCAGUUCGGAUAUGUCCAUGGAGUUUCAGGCCCAGUGGUGACGGCCUCUAGUAUGGCAGGUGCAGCCAUGUAUGAACUGGUACGUGUGGGCCACAGUGAGCUGGUGGGAGAGAUUAUCAGAUUGGAGGGUGAUAUGGCAACCAUCCAGGUGUAUGAGGAGACCUCCGGAGUGUCUGUUGGAGAUCCCGUCCUCCGCACAGGAAAGCCCCUCUCUGUGGAACUGGGGCCUGGAAUCAUGGGCUCCAUCUUUGAUGGUAUUCAGCGUCCCCUCAAAGACAUCAAUGACCUCACCAAGAGCAUCUACAUCCCCAGAGGAGUUAACAUAGGAGCUCUCAACAGGGACCUCAAAUGGGAGUUUUCUCCCUUUCGUAAUCUUAGGGUUGGUAGUCACAUUACAGGAGGUGAUAUCUAUGGAAUGGUGUUGGAGAAUUCUCUCAUUAAGCACAAGAUCAUGCUUCCCCCCCGCAGCAGGGGCACUGUCACCUACCUUGCUCCACCAGGAAAUUAUGAUGUCUCUGAUGUGGUGCUGGAACUGGAGUUUGAAGGAAUAAAGGAGAAGUUCACCAUGGUGCAGGUGUGGCCUGUGCGACAGGUGAGGCCCGUUACUGAGAAGCUACCUGCCAACCACCCACUACUGACUGGACAGAGAGUACUGGACGCCCUCUUUCCUUGUGUUCAAGGAGGGACUACAGCCAUCCCUGGAGCUUUUGGUUGUGGUAAGACUGUGAUCUCUCAGUCUCUCUCCAAGUACUCCAACAGUGAUGUCAUAAUUUACGUGGGUUGUGGAGAACGUGGAAAUGAGAUGUCUGAAGUAUUAAGAGAUUUUCCAGAGCUUACCAUGGAAGUGGAUGGGAAGGUGGAGAGCAUUAUGAAGAGAACAGCACUCGUGGCCAACACCUCUAACAUGCCUGUGGCUGCCAGAGAAGCCUCCAUCUACACCGGCAUCACAUUGUCUGAGUACUUCAGAGACAUGGGCUAUAACGUCAGUAUGAUGGCUGACUCCACCUCUCGUUGGGCUGAGGCUCUUAGGGAGAUCUCUGGUCGAUUGGCCGAGAUGCCUGCUGAUAGUGGAUAUCCUGCAUACCUUGGAGCCCGUCUGGCAUCAUUUUACGAGAGAGCAGGUCGUGUCAAAUGCCUGGGAAACCCAGAGAGAGAGGGCAGCGUCAGCAUUGUAGGAGCUGUGUCUCCCCCUGGUGGUGACUUCUCAGAUCCUGUGACUUCUGCUACUCUUGGCAUUGUGCAGGUGUUCUGGGGUCUAGAUAAGAAGCUUGCCCAGAGGAAACACUUCCCCUCCGUUAAUUGGCUUAUCAGUUACAGUAAAUAUACGCGAGCACUGGACGAGUACUACGAUAAACACUUCCCAGAGUUUGUGCCGCUCCGUACGAAAGCCAAAGAGAUUCUGCAGGAGGAGGAGGACCUGGCUGAGAUUGUGCAACUCGUUGGAAAGGCAUCUCUGGCUGAGACAGAUAAAAUCACUCUAGAGGUUGCGAAACUCAUUAAAGAUGACUUUCUGCAGCAGAACGGUUACACACCAUAUGACAGGUUCUGUCCAUUCUAUAAAACAGUGGGGAUCCUGUCCAACAUGAUAGCGUUUUAUGACAUGGCUCGACAUGCUGUUGAGACCACGGCACAGAGUGAUAAUAAGAUCACCUGGGCCCAGAUCCGUGAACACCUGGGAGAAAUGUUGUAUAGAAUUAGCUCCAUGAAGUUUAAGGAUCCAGUCAAAGAGGGUGAGGCAAAGAUCAAAGCUGACUACGCUCAACUGCUGGAAGACAUGCAGAAUUCUUUCCGCACCCUUGAGGACUAAAUGAGACCAUCUGACCUCACAUCUCUCCCACCUCUCUCCUCCCCUGUGCUGUGCAGUGCGUUUCCCAGUGCUCCCGUGUGCAAGUGAAACUCUAGUCUUAAUAUACACUAAUGCUGUUCAACUAAUCAAAACUACACAAAUGAAAGUCAGCCAGCAGCCAUUGAUAAUCUGAACCCACUUUUUAAAAUGGGUAAAAGAAGAAUGUGUGUUCUCACUUUGUCUCUGUUUCGAAAAGGAAAAACUAUUACUUGUGUCUGAACUGUGAGAUUGUAUUUUAACAUCUUAAGCAAAUGCCUCUGUGACCUCUUUGUGCUGAAACUCUUUAAGCACAACAACAUUCAUCUUCUCUUUUUCUCACCACCUGCUUUCCCAUGAGUGCUUGUCACAUGUGUUAGGAGCACAGUGUUUAUUCCCCACUGCCGCUUCUCUGUGACCAAUAGAAAUGUGUUAUAAAAUAAUGGGAAUAAUGGAAGUCAGAAAGGGAUCAUUGAGGCUUCCCUUAUUUAUUUGUAUCUUGUUUUGUCUCAAUGCGAUUUCUGCUCUAUGCGUGUUCCUCUUACUGUGUGUCAUAUUCAUGUGACAGAGUUUGUGUGAGUGUCUGUGAAUUGGAGUGUGCAAGGGUGUGUGGUUAAACUAUUGUGUUGUUUGUAGUGGUACAUUUACUAGGGAUGCACCGAUCCGAUACUGACGUUUUUAGACGGAUCGGGUAUCGGUCCGACGAGCCCGAUCCAAAUCCAACACUUAGUCAAGCUCCAAAAAUGACAUAAAAGAACCAUAAAAACACCAGUAAAGUAGUUCAUAUGGCUUGUGCAUUUUAUUCAAAGCCACUUGAAGACGUGCAAUAGCUCUGUGAAUCACAAAAGGCUGUUUAAUAAGUAAAUAUAUAAAAUGCACGUGCAGCUCCAGCGCGUUAUUGAAUGGCGCUGCUGUUUACACACACGCACUCACGGUGCGCAAUGUUUGAGCGCUACUCACAAACAACAUCUCAGAUGUAGAUGCUCAAUAGUUCAGUUCACUUAUAAUAUGCAUUUAGAACAGCACCAGAGGUGCAUUUUACCAGAAUUUGAAUAAGAAUCGAAUUAAACUACUGUGAACUUGCCUACAAACAGACACAUACAGGACAUCCUGGAGAGUGCAGAAUGUCAAAAAUAAAAGUUAAACGUGCAGGAUUGAAAUAUAUUACUGUUGUAUUUAAUAUUCUAAAAGUCAAUAAUAAUAAUAAUAAUAAUAAUAAUAAUGUAUUAUUAUUAUAAUUUGUUUACAAAUUAUAACAAUAUUUAACUUGAUUGGGUUCCAAAAAAUAGCUGUGUGAAUGAAAAGUCAACUGAUAUCUGACAACUAAACUGAAAAAAAGAGACAUCUGAAUCCUUUAAAGUCCAGAUACAAGUUGAAAAAACUGUGCAAAAAAAUAAUAAAAAAGGCUUCUUUUCUACUGAACACUUAGACUGGAAUCACUGUUAAUUUUGCUGCUACAUUAUCCUAUAGACUAGUUAACAGUACAUUUUUUCUUAAGCUAUACAUUUAUAUUUAAAUAAUGUGUAGUUAGCGGUUUGUGUUUCUUUACAUAUAAAAGAGUACCACCAAUUAGUUCCACACAAUAAUGUAAAGAUAUUCUAAACUGAUUAUACAAAAAAACAACACUGGUAUUGGAUCGGCAUCGGCAGAUACUGAGAUUUCAGAUAUCGGAUCGGAAGAGAAAAAGUGGUAUCGGUGGAUCCCUAACAUUUACUGUUCUGUUGUUGUGUUUUCAGUUCCAAAGAAUUAAAAGAAUGGAAACUCCGA